AUGCGCUUCAGUUUCGCAACGAUCGCCGCCGCCGUACUCAUUCUAUCAGCCUCCGCUGCUCCUCACCGAGGUCAUCCCAGCAGUGUAGGCUCGAAUGCGUCUAAAUCGUUCCCAGCCGCUGCUGGCGAAUCGACUCUCUCCGCACCCAUGAAAGUCACCGACUUCGAUGGUGGAAUGGUCAGGUUCGGCCGUGGUGUCUCUUGUACGCCUGGCGAGGGAGGUGACAGAGAUGCUGUCUUUCUCGUUGCAGACGGAGGCUCGCUGAGCAAUGUUAUCAUCGGAGCCGAUCAGUUGGAAGGUGUUCAUUGCCUCGGUGCUUGUAAAAUAUCAAACGUCUGGUGGGAGGCAGUCUGCGAGGAUGCUCUUACCUUCAAGGGCGACGGCGACGGCACCGUGUCCGGUGGAGGCGCGAAGGGCGCUAAGGAUAAAGUCGUUCAGCAUAAUGGUAUGGGCACAAUCUCCAUCUCAGGCUUCUUCGUUGAGGACUUCGGUAAGUUGUACCGCUCUUGUGGCAAUUGCAAGACUCAAGGCGAACGCCACGUCAAGAUCGACGGUGUCACUGCUUCAGGUGGCUCUGCUGGUCUCGUCGGGAUCAACUCCAACUUUGGUGACACUGCUACUAUCAAAAACUCCUGCAUCACUGGCACAGACGUCAUCUGCCAGGAGUUCGAGGGUACCUCUCCCGGCCACGAGUCCAAGAAGACCAGCAGCGGCCCUAGCUCCGUAUGCAUCUACACUGAUGCUGACAUCAAUGCUUGCUGA